CAGUCAGCGCGAAUGUGGAGCUCAGUGCUUGCUGAAGCUGACUUUCCCUUUUUACCCCCAAGUUUAAGCACAGUGACCAUCAUACCCUCGCAUGCUUCUACUGAAGAAGCAGUCCACGGCUCCCAAAUCGCAGGGUGAAGAAGGAAAAAGCUUUCUGCUUCUUCUUCUUCCACUCACAAGUCACAAAUCCUUCAACUUUUCAGCAAAAAUCAUAUUUUGCGCAGCAGAGCGAGCGGCGCGCGUCAGCGCAGGCCAUGGGGAUGGUGGCACGAGCUAGCGUCCUUACUGAGGCGGCGGUGGUGUUGAUAUGCUUCGGGUUAUGGUUCGCCGGAGCGCUACCGGCAGCCGCUGGAGAAUUGGAGCAGCGGUUGUCUGUGGGGAAGCACUUAAGAAGGCUCAACAAGCCUUCCGUGAAGAGCAUUCAGAGUUCUGAUGGAGAUAUCAUAGAUUGUGUAAAGAUAGCUGAUCAGCCAGCAUUUGAUCAUCCUUUCCUCAAAAACCACACAAUUCAGCUGAGGCCUGCCUUCCAUCCUGAAGGACUUUAUGAUGAGAGAAAGGUGGCUUCAGAUCAGAGCAACAAUGGAGCCCAUAGUAUAGCGCAGCUGUGGCAUCAGAGUGGGAGAUGCCCUAAGGGCACAGUACCCAUAAGGAGAACAAGGAGAGAAGACAUCCUUAGAGCUAGCUCAGUGAAAAGAUAUGGAAAAAAGAAGCAAAGGAGCGUUCCGAGACCCUUUUUGGCAGAACCUGAUUUCAUCAGUGAGGGUGGCCAUCAACAUGCAAUUGCCUAUGUAAAUGGGGAUAAAUAUUAUGGAGCAAAGGCGAUAAUUAAUGUAUGGGAACCAAAUAUUCAAUUGCCCAAUGAGUUCAGCCUCUCCCAACUUUGGAUCUUGGGAGGUUCCUUUGGUGAAGAUCUCAAUAGUAUUGAAGCAGGCUGGCUGGUCAGUCCAGAGCUCUAUGGAGAUAAUAAUACCAGACUUUUCAUUUACUGGACUAGUGAUUCUUAUCAAGCAACUGGCUGCUACAACUUGCUGUGCUCUGGUUUUAUCCAGAUCAGCAGUGAGAUAGCUAUGGGGGCCAGCAUCUAUCCUGUAUCUGAGUAUAGUGGCUCACAAUAUGAUAUCAGUAUACUUGUAUGGAAGGACCCAAAGGAAGGCAACUGGUGGAUGCAAUUCGGAAGCGAUAACAUUAUGGGCUACUGGCCUUCAUUCCUCUUCUCCUACCUAUCCGACAGUGCCUCCACUGUCGAAUGGGGAGGAGAAGUGAUCAACUCUGAACCAGAUGGACGGCACACCGCCACCCACAUGGGAAGCGGCCAUUUUCCUGAAGAAGGAUUCGGCAAAGCGAGUUACUUCAAGAAGCUCCAAAUAGUCGACGCAUCUAAUAAUCUGAGUCCACCUAGAUCGAUCAGCACAUUCACUGAGCAGUCAAACUGCUAUGAUGUUCAGUAUGACAGUAAUGGUGAUUGGGGGAGUUAUUUCUAUUUUGGUGGACCUGGAAGAAAUCCCAAUUGCCAGUAGAAAAAUCCUUCCUUUGAGCACACUGCUUGUUUUUUUUAUUUGAAUCUUAUGAUCUCCAUGUAAAGUGGUUGGAGAUAAAGUUUUCUUUUUUUUUCUUAAUGGCUGGUUCUCCUUUCUUCUAGUGAUUUGUGCAGAUGUGUUGAUGAUUUUAUGAGAUUUCAGCAUCUUUGUAAUUGGGAUUGGAACUGUUGUGUAAGUUUAAAGGUAUUUAAAAGUGAGUAGGUGAAUUUUGUUAUAUUUAUGUUUUAGA